UUGUGACCUGUGGAAUAAUGGGUGGUAAUUACAUUUAACUACAAUUACAACUUAGAAGAAUUCAGGACCCUCUCAUUCUCCUAACUUGGUAGCCUUUCAUUUAGUUUUAAAAGGGCAGUUUUGGGGAAGGGUUAUUAUCAUUUAAACUAUAAACUAAAUUUCUCCCAAAGUUAGCUUCUCCUGUGCUCAGGAAUGACCAAAGACAGCCAGUCUGUGAGGCUAGAAUCAAGAUGGGGUAAACCAUGUCAGAUUUCUCUUACUGUUAAAAUUUUGCGAAGGCAGUUUCAACAGAAAUUAACAUGUCUAGGAUAGUUGCUUUUUCUAUUAUUUUUUCUAUUACUGCAUUUACUUUCAUUCUGCCUUAUGCUUUGCCUCAUGCUUUAACUAGGUAAUUUUUUUUUUUUUUUAGUUUUGGCGGCAUCAACACUAUGACCACCGCAUGCUGCCUACGUGGUAGACUCUCAAUAAGCAUGGAACUGAACCUCUUACAGGAUUUGUAACUCACUUCUGUGGUAGCUAGUAAACUGGAACACGCGCUUUCCCUGGGCUGCUCUGUCCUCCCAGGUUUCAGCACUGGGAAAUCGCUUGGGCCCCCGCCCAGAGGCGGGGCUUGGGUGGGCUGACCACUCCUCUGGCCUCCAAUACUGUCGCUGACGUUCUCGUCUAUGCUCCAGCAGCCGUAGCUCACUCCGGUGGAGGCGGGACUUCCUAUAGCACUUCCGGCCAGAGCCUAAAGCUUUGCUGCUGGGCAGUUCGCUGGAGGGACUGCUGCUUGGAACACUUGGAGUCUCCGCGGGCAGAUCUCAUAUUUUGGAUUCUGGAUAUAUUAUAAUGAGUGACACUUUGACAGCGGAUGUCAUUGGUCAAAGAGUUGAAGUUAAUGGAGAACAUGCAACAGUACGUUUUGCUGGUGUUGUCCCUCCCGUGGCAGGACCCUGGUUAGGAGUAGAAUGGGACAAUCCCGAGAGAGGAAAGCAUGAUGGGAGCCACGAAGGGACUGUGUAUUUUCAAUGCAGGCACCCAACAGGAGGAUCCUUUAUUCGUCCGAACAAGGUAAAUUUUGGAACAGACUUUCUUACUGCAAUUAAGAACCGCUAUGUGUUAGAAGAUGGACCAGAGGAAGAUAGAAAAGAGCAAAUUGUUACAAUUGGAAAUAAACCUGUGGAGACUAUCGGUUUUGACUCUAUUAUGAAACAGCAAAGUCAGCUGAGCAAGUUGCAAGAAGUUUCUCUGAGGAACUGUGCAGUAAGUUGUGCUGGUGAAAAAGGAGGAGUUGCCGAAGGAUGUCCUAAUAUUAGAAAGGUAGAUUUGUCAAAAAACCUAUUGUCAUCAUGGGAUGAAGUGAUACACAUUGCUGAUCAGCUCAGACACCUGGAAGUCCUUAAUGUCAGUGAAAAUAAACUAAAAUUUCCCUCCGGUUCAGUAUUAACUGGAACGCUUUCUGCACUGAAGGUUUUAGUCCUCAAUCAAACAGGAAUAACGUGGGCUGAGGCUCAUGCGCAGUGUGGUGGCAGCAGGCACGGUCUCGACAUGCAGAAAGACGCCAGCAAGCUCGUGGAUCUGUGCGUGCUGCAGAAAUGCUCCACCAGCAACUGCAUCAUCAGUGCCAAGGACCACACAUCCAUGCGGAUGAACGUGGCCAAGGUGCUGCGGUGUGCCAUGGGGUGCCCAGGCCUGGAGGAACUCUACCUUGAGUCUAACAAUAUUUUCAUUUCCGAAAGGCCAACAGAUGUUCUCCAGACAGUCAAGUUAUUAGACCUUUCCUCUAAUCAAUUAAUUGAUGAAAAUCAGCUGUAUCUGAUAGCCCACCUGCCCAGGUUAGAACAAUUAAUCCUCUCUGACAUUGGAAUUUCUUCUCUACAUUUUCCAGAUGCUGGAAUUGGGUGCAAAACAUCCCUGUUCCCGUCCUUGAAGUACCUUGUAGUAAAUGACAAUCAGAUAUCACAAUGGUCAUUUUUCAAUGAGCUAGACAAGUUACCAAGUCUACGGGCUUUGUCCUGCCUAAGAAACCCCCUGACCAAAGAGGACAAAGAAGCAGAGACAGCCCGUCUGCUCAUUAUCGCCAGCAUUGGCCAGCUGAAGACGCUGAACAAAUGUGAGAUUCUCCCCGAGGAGAGGCGGAGAGCUGAGCUUGACUACCGAAAAGCUUUUGGAAAUGAGUGGAAACAGGCUGGUGGACAUAAGGAUCCGGACAAAAACAGACUCAGCGAAGAAUUCCUCACAGCCCAUCCCAGAUACCAGUUCCUCUGCCUGAAAUACGGCGCACCUGAAGAUUGGGAGCUCAAAACACAGCAGCCACUUAUGCUGAAAAACCAGCUACUAACACUGAAGAUAAAGUACCCUCAUCAACUUGAUCAGAAAGUCCUGGAGAAACAACUGCCGGGCUCCAUGACAAUUCAAAAGGUGAAGGGAUUGCUGUCACGUCUUCUCAAAGUUCCUGUGUCAGACCUUCUGUUGUCCUAUGAAAGUCCCCAAAAGCCAGGCGUUGAAAUCGAGCUGGAAAAUGACCUAAAGUCAUUACAGUUUUAUUCUGUGGAAAAUGGAGAUUGUCUAUUAGUGCGAUGGUGACAACCAACUAAUAAGAUUUAGAGAGUCUGGGGUUCACCGGAAAUAAAUGAUUCACUGGAAGAACUCUACUGUCAAAACAAAGCGGGUUUACAACUUGCCCUAAGUAUAACAAGGGAUGUAUUUUAACAACGGAUGUAUUUUUUGUUGGGAAGUGACCAUUUCUAGGCUUAUACAUAAUAGCAAUAAUAAAGGCUUUGAACCUA